CUAAGAGUAUCGGUUCACAUCGGACACAUAACAACGUUGGAUCACAACAAACAACUCAAAAUCCGGAAGCAAUACCAUAACUGCUUUUGAUAGCUCCUCGUACGCUCUCUUUUAACUACUAGCUUUUUUUAUUAUGAAUCUUCCUAUAACGUUAAUACGUUGAUUUGUAUUAUCUUCAUAGGAAAGUCAUGCAAAACGAUAAGGAUCGUAACGCAAAUGUUUACACCUGUAUUUGUUUUAGCACGGACAAUAUUUUCCUUGAGGAGUUCAAACUUCAUGCCAGAUUUCUAUCCGAGCAGCAGUUAGAACGAAUUAUCAAGCGGUGGGUAUCUACUACUAGCUAACUAGCCAGUACAGUAGAUCUGCAAAGAAUUGUCAUGGUAAAGCAUCUUGUUGGAUAAACGUAAUAGCUAGCUAGAAACCAAACUUUUAGUAACCAAACUUCUGUUUGCGUAACAGGUUUUAAGAAAGCUUGGCUGCUCCACUAACACACAGUUCAAGGAUAUCCUGACAAAGGCAAGCACGCAUUUUGAGUAUGUUAUUAAAAUUGUACUGAAUUAUUAAUCUCGAAAACCAGAGCGUUGGAAAAUUGUGGGAGGCAACGCGGAUGUCUAGAGACACUACUGAAGGAUAAUUCCAUUUUAAUAUGUGGUUAAAUGUUUCCUUUCUAGAUUGCCAAAGAAAUUCAAAGGCGCCAGAGCCUUGGUGUGAAGUCAGCUGAGAGAGCUGUUGCCAUAAAGGAGAUUUAUAAACCCCUUCAUGACCAUGUCUACCAUCUACAGGUAGGAAGAAAGCCUGCAAUACUGUAGUCUCCAUACACACUAAGACUGUACAGUGUAAUAUUUGACUUACACUAUCUCUUCAGGAGUCCUAUCUGGCUCCAGAGUUUAAGCAGAUGGUGGAUUAUUGAGUUUAAUGCAGACAGAAGCAGUUGAGUUUUCCAUAGAGUUCCUAUUUGAAAUAGGUGAUGCAUGUCAUUAUUUUUCAUUUUUUGAAGUCAAAGAUCUCGUGCUUUCCUGUGUUUAAAAAAAGCUUCUGUGAUGAGCUGAUAGAAGAGAUGGAACACUUUGAACAGUCUACAGUGCCCAAUGGCAGACCCAACACAAUGAAUAACUACGGGGUAUGCUUCCUCUUUCAUAUAAAAUAAAUCUGGAGGCUAUUAGAUAUGGAGACUUCAGGCAAAAUGCUCAAUGUAUCAAGGGUUACCUGUGGUAACUCAUGUUCAUUUUGUUUGUGAUUAUCUUUUGUCCACACAGAUCCUUCUGAACGAGCUAGGGUUUGACGAUGGCUUCACUACCCCUCUCCGUGAGCAGUAUCUGCAGCCUCUCACAUCUCUGCUCUACCCUGAAUGUGGGGGACGCUGCCUAAACAGCCACAAGGCCUUCAUAGUGAAAUACGACAUGCAUGAAGACCUGGACCUCAGCUACCACUACGACAACGCAGAGGUCACUCGCAACGUGUCUCUGCAGAAAGAGUUCACUGAAGGGAACCUCUACUUUGGUGACAUGAGACAGGUACCUAGUCAGAGCCAGAUUCGGAAGUGUAAUAACACAAUAUCCCAUUAUUAUAGAUAUUGAAAUGUAUGAAUUGACCUUAUGUAGAAUGAAAUAACAAAUAAAGCAGGGCUCUUGGUUUAGAUUCAUACUAUCUCUCAUUGAUUCCGCACACUGUGGUUUUAAAACCAUGCCAGUUUACACAGGUUACACACUGUUAUAUUUCAGAUUGUGAAAUCUCCCAGAAGAGUUAGUUGCACAAACAAAAGUCGCCACAGCCCUAUGAGUAAACGUUCUCAUUGUUAGUCUAGUGUGGCUCAGUGGUUAAUAUUGUUUUUCCUGACCCUGCAGGUGCCUCUGAGUGAGAGCGUGUACGGAGGUAGAGCAGAGAGUGACAGAGGGUCUUCUCCACAGAGUACAACACAUGCCCAUCUCCUCUGGCCAGCGCUGGAACCUCAUUGUCUGGAUGAGGUCCUCACAGGAGAGGAACAAACUGUGCCCCAUGUGCAACAAGAAGCCCACCUUGGUCGAGGGAUAGGGCUUCGCAGAAGGCUUCACCAGUGACUCAGGGAUGUCUCUUCUACAGAAUGUAACUUAAUGCUGCUGGUCCAUAUGUAUUUGUGUAUGUUCGUAUAACUUGUCUGGAUAUCUGCUUAUUGUGGAGAUUAUCGCAUGUGCGAAAAAAUAGUUGUGGAGAGGAAACAUGAUAGACAUUAGGAACAUAGAGAGGCUCUUCACCACUUCUACAUAAUACCUCACUACAAACUUCAUUACACAGUGUCACAAUUAUUCCUAUCUUUUCUAAAACAUAAUGUCCA